UCAUUUUAAUGGUUAAUUUUUACAAAAUAUUAAGUGUAGUGAUGAUGACCUGAAUCUAGUGUCCAAAUUUUGGAUUUUUCGGCGUUCCUUUGGCUGUUUUUUGUGAUUUUGUGGACUAGCUUAAAAGAUUCUCGAUAUGGUUUGUUGUGGUGCAAAAAAAGGAGGUGGGAGAUUCAUAACCAAAAUAUUAACUUUUGGCUUACUAUGGGCAUUAAUUAUAUACACAGUGUUUCAAUUUAAAAAUUUUAAUUUAGAUGUACAGAUACCACAUUUAAAUAGCAGACUGUUACUGCAAAAAAAACUUGACCCUCUUACUAGACAUGCUGAUUCAACUACAGAAAGUAUACUGGACAUGGAACCUUACAUAGACAAAAGUUCACCUCUAACAGAAGACAAAAUGGUAGAAGAUAUACAAAAUAGAGCUCCAAAUUUACCUAUAGUAUAUUGGAACAAAAACAAAAAUAAACCUAUGGGUUUUAACAAUACAUGUGCAAGAUUUCCGAGCAUGUUUGAACUGGAAUUUAAUAAUUUGUACUGGCAAACAUUAAGAACAUCAAAUGGCACUUUUCAAUUAUAUGGGGCGUACUUGGACAAAAGGGCCAAUAAUAGGUUAGGUCCGACCGUUAGAAUUUUGGGUAUGAUUGAUAGAAUAGAGCCUACGGUUGUAACUUACUGUCAAUUUUGGUUUGACGGUAAAAAGGAACCAGUCAUCGCUAAAACAUUCGAGUAUAAGUAUAUUUGGUAUAAAAAGUGGGGUAAUUAUAAGAAUGGUAUCUAUCAGCCUUACCUAUUGGCUUGUGUGAUUCCCCAGAAAUAUAGAGAGAAAAUUCCACAAAGUAUAUCUUUGGUGGAAAAACAAUGUGAUAAUGCUACUAAUAACUUACGUGUUAUAUAUGAAAAACCCGAAAAGAAAAAAGACUUUGCUGUGUGUGUAAAGGGUUUGGACUUUUUACAUGAAGACCUAUCAGUUAGGUUGGUAGAAUGGAUAGAGUUACUAAACAUUCUAGGGGCAGAGAAAAUUUACUUCUACGAGUUACAAGUACACCCAAACAUAUCCAAAGUACUGAAGUACUAUGAAAACGAAGGCAAAAUACAAGUAACCCCCAUCAACUUAGCUGGUGGUCAACCUAACAUACCAAGUUUCCAACACUUAUACCUAACGAAAAAAACCAACCACAAAAGGCAAAACGAAUUGAUACCUUACAACGAUUGCCUCUACAAAAACAUGUACAAAUAUAGGUACAUAGCUCUACUAGACAUAGAUGAAGUUAUAAUGCCUAUAGAUGGAACUUCAUGGAAAGAUCUUAUGGAGAAUAAAGUGCUCCCUAAAGCGUUGAAAAUAAAUAAGGAAGAAAGGGCUUCAUAUAACGUAAGAAACGUGUAUUUUCUGGAUGAUUUGAUACACAACCAUGGAUGGUUCAAAGAAAUACCCAGGUAUAUGCACAUGUUACAGCAUGUUUAUAGAACAAGAAAUUUUACAAAACCUGGCCAAUAUGUCAAGUGUUUUCAUAAUACAGAAAAGGUUUUGACAUUGCAUAAUCAUUUUCCAUUGUCUUGCUUGGGUUCAGGUUGUACGUCCUAUCCAAUUGAUACAGCUGAUGCUCAGUUGCAUCAUUACAGGGCGGACUGUGUAAAAACUUUGAAAAAAAGUUGUGAGGAGUUCAGAAAAACCAGUGUCAUGGAUACUACAAUAUGGAAAUUUAAGGAACCUCUUGUGGAAAGGGUGUCAAAAACGUUAAAAAAUUUAGGGUUUUUCGGGCCUGACUUGAAAGAAGCCGAUAAAAAAAGAUGAGAUAUAAAAUGUUGACUGUUGUAGUAGAAAGUAAAAACCACGAAACUGUGAUAUUUAUCAUAAAGAAACAGCUCAAACAGUGGUAAAUAUAUGAUUUUUUAAGUUCCUUUUUAACCUUCAAAAUUUAAAAAAACGCCUUU